AUGAUUUUUCAUCGCUUUAUUUCAGGUUUACGAGUUUUAGUUGGACGUCCUCGAAGUGAAUCAAUGGGUAGUAAUGAAAAGCAAAAAGUUCCAUGGCCACCUGUAAAUAAACCAUUACGACGUGUUCAGAUUGAAUGUUGUCCGGUGGAAUCAGUAUAUGAUUUACGUGAUGAUAACGAAUCAUAUGAUCUUUAUGAUGAUGCAAGAGCAUUUCGUCGACCACGUUCAAAUAGCUCUGAUUUUUUGAUUUUACGGAAGACUUCACGUCCGGUAUCGGUAGAUGUUAUUGGCCUUUUAGAUAAUAGUUUAGACCCAUACAAGCAAUAUAUGAAAGUGGUAGAUUGUUAUGAAUUAGCGCCACAUGCUGGUCGAGUAAUACUUGUAGAUAGUAAAGUAAAGUUGCAAAAAGCCUUCAAAGUGUUAAUUGAAUGGGGUGUUGGUUCAGUAGUUGUAUGGAAUAGUAAACGUGAAGGUGUUAUCGCAGUACUUACUCUUACUGAUUUUCUCAUUUCACUUCUAUCACAAACCAGUGAAGAAUCAACAACCGUUGAAGAAGCCAUUUCAGCCAAUCAAUUGGUUUGGCUUGAUGGAUCAUGCAAAUUGCUUGAAGCAUGUCAUGAGUUUUGCUCCAAUCGUAUUCAUCGAAUAGUAGUUUAUCCAGAACAAGCUGGUGAUGUCCUCUACUUACUUACUAUUAAACGAAUUUUACAAGCAGUUCAUAAACAGAAUCGUUCGUUACAUUUUGCAUCUUGGCUUGAUUGGGACAUCAAGAAAUCAAAAAUAGGCACAUGGGGAAAUUUGCAAACGGUUUCUGAGAAGGAUAAUCUGGAAACGGUAGCACGGAAAAUGCUUGAUUAUCGUAUCUCUAGUUUGCCAAUAAUUGAUGAUGAGAAUUGUCCGGUGGAUGUGAUAUGCAAAACAGAUAUUGCAUACGCACUUGUGGAUGCUAAAAGUUUUAAAGAGCAAUUCCAAAAACUAACGACAGUAGAAGCAGUUAGAAAUCGACAACCAAUGAUAUUCUUAUCAGAAACUGAUACUGUUAAUCAAAUCCUUGAUUUUGCUCUUAGUCGAAAAGAUUGUCGAUGUGUGUUUGUUAUCAAUCCAAAAAGUGGAAAAUUAACUGGUGCAAUAUCCUUGUCUGAUUUUAUUUCACAUAUUUUGUACACUGAUUUAUCAACUCCUACUGCUGAUACUAAACAUUCCUGAAAUGUCUAAUCUGUGAAAUUUUCUGUGCUUCAUUUUUUUUCUUUUUUUUUUAAAGCUAC